CCGUAGCCAGUCAGUCAGUCACCACCCUAGCUGCGGUACAUCACUUCCUGCCGUGCUUCUGAAGUGAAGCUUCAUUUUUUAACUUCGUCGGUUUUUAUCAACACAAGUCGGGUGUGUGAGAAAAUAAUAUAGAAUUCAAGGUGUUAAAGGACGGCGAGACGAAAGGGAAAUCCGUUCCUUGAUCCGGCUGGGAGAAAAGCGAUACAAAAAAACAAAGCACGAGCUGACUCCCUGGCGCACUGCCUGGGCCCUCCUCUCCUCCUCCCUUUGGAUGGCCGUCUCCCUGGCGGUGAAGCUAAAAUGAGACAAUAGCCGGGCACCCCCCCCCUCCCCCCCUCUCUGCCCCUCCUCCACCCCAAACACACACAUACCCUUCGGCCCAGCACACAACACACACACACACACACAUACACAUACACACACACACACACACACACACAGGCAUACCCCCUCGGCUUGGCUCAGCACACACACACACACACACACACACACACACAGGCAUACCCUCUCGGCCCAGCACACUCCCACAAUCUCUUGGGGCCAAUCAAAAGUCAGCCUGUGCCGUUUCGCCAGCCAGACACCCACAAUCCAUUGCACCUUUCUGUGAUUUGUCUUGUGCUUUUUAUGUUCUUUUUGGCCCUGUCCAGCUGGCCCGUAUUUUAGAAAGCUGUAUUUUAUUACGCUGCUGCCUCGCAGUCUAGAGGAGGAGGAGAACUGGCAGGAGCCCAGCGGACGCACACGUGUGAGUGGAGGAGACGCGCGGGACAUGGGUGGGCCUGAGGAGGACCGGAGCUGAGAGGAGGCGUGGGUUCAGUGGGACUGAGGAUGAGGCGUAAAGAGGACGCUGUCCCACACCGCAGGAGCCAUAAAACCUGGGACAGGCUAACAGGAAUGUGACUCCUCACUUCCUGCUCCACAUCUGAAAACCACUUGUUUUUUUUUUUAUUUGUUGUUUUUUUUUUUUUUUUUUUUUUUAGCCUAAAAAAACUCUUGAUUUGAUCCAGUGCCUUAUCGUGUAUGGAUGAGACAGACCUCGAUUACGCACCAUUCAUUUUCUGUGACUUCUUCAAACUUGUUCUGGAGGACACACCCGGCCACACAACUACCCAACUACCAACUACCAACUAAACCAAAGGGCGAAAUUACAAACGUACACCGAGAACAAAAACACUGGAAUGUGACUUGGGUCGCAUGGUAUUGCAACCCGCGCAAAUUCGGAAACGGGAGCCAGGCAGGCCGUAACCAUAGCGACGUCCUUUAGGGAGGUGCGUCUGUCUGUGUGCGCUACGCCAACCGCUUGGGCCCUGCCAUGGUCAAACUACAGUCCAAAUGGCGCUACCUGGUGAUGCUGUUGGGAGUGCAGCUGGUGGUCAUGGCCCUGCUGUCGCGGGAAGGAUACCAGAAGAGGGUGACGUAUUUCUUCCGGAUUUUCCGGAGGCCGGAGUCCCCCGUGGCUCCCGCGGGGCUUUCGGGGCCCUCCCUCCAUAACCACACCGGCCGGGACGUCUACGCCAACCUGUCCGUCCUCGGCAAGGCUCAGGUGCCUGAGGACAGCCUGACCUACUGCCCUAAGAAGUCCCCCCUGGUCGGUGGUCCCAUCCACGUCACCUUCCCCUCUGGCCUGACCCUGGCGGAGGUGGAGCGGAAGAACCCGCUGGUCGUCAGGGGAGGGCGCUACCGGCCGCCGAACUGCGAGGCCCGCCACCGCACCGCCAUCAUCAUUCCCCACAGAAACAGGGAGCAUCACCUCAAGUUCCUUCUGUAUUACCUGCACCCCUUCCUCCAGAGACAACAGCUCAACUACGCCAUCUACAUCAUCCAUCAGGCGGGGAACUACACCUUUAACCGGGCCAAGCUGAUGAACGUGGGCUUCCGGGAGGCCAUGCGGGAGGAGGAGUGGGACUGCCUGUUCUUCCACGACGUGGAUCUCAUCCCCGAGGAUGACCGUAACACCUACACCUGCGACGCACACCCCAAACACGCCGCCAUCGCCAUGGACAAGUUCGGCUACAAACUGCCCUAUAAGAGUUAUUUUGGGGGGGUAUCGGCCCUUACCCCCACACAUUACCUGAAGAUGAACGGAUUCCCCAACAACUACUGGGGCUGGGGGGGCGAGGACGAUGACAUCGGAAUCCGGGUGAGUCUUGGCGGGAUGCUGAUCGCUCGCCCUGCGUCGAACGUGGGGCGCUAUAAGAUGAUCAAACACAAGCUCGACCGAGGCAAUGAAAUUAACCCCCGCAGCGCUGACGGCUGGUUUCUCUCCCGCAGGUUCAACAUGCUGGCGAAGACGCGGCAGACGUGGAAGCAGGACGGGAUGAACACGGCGCAGUACGAGGUCGUGAGCCGCCAACACCGGCCGCUCUACACCAACAUCACCGUGCACAUCGGCACCGAGGCAGGGCUCCACCCCCCCGCGCUGAAGGGACACUGAGCCCCAAAGCCCACGCGCUGAACGCGGGGCGGGACAGUCUGGACCCGUGUGCCUCUCUCUCUCUGUCUCUGUCUCUCUCCCUCCGUCUUCCACCCCAGAUCACGCCAUCCCCUAGCGCAUCAGCUGGGGGGGCAUUAGCCAGGAUGGGGCGUAGUGACUGCACCCCAGGAGGGUAUCCCUGCGUCCCGUCUCCCUGCUCUGCUUUAGAGCCCGAAGGGGGCGCUAUGUCCCAGCGGAACUGGAUUUCCUUUGGCUGUUCCUCUUACAAAACUCUGUCUCGAGCCUCACGGUGUUUUAAUGGAGGAUUCUCAUACACAGACUCUGGAGGGACUAAGACCGACUCGCCAUAUCCACAGCUUGAGGUUUUAGCUGUUUCGCCUCUGUUGCCUUAACUCUUCUUCCUUUGUGUGUUCUUUCUGUCUCUGGGUCCAUGUUACGAGUGCUUGCAGCAUACUGACCUGCCUGGGCUGGUAAGAUUAUUUUUUUUAAAUCACUGUAACAGAUAAAAUCCUGGUCUUUUAGACUGUACUUACUCCAUACGGUGGGCUGGCUGCUUUCUGACAGGCUGGGCUGGGUACAAGACAUUGAGGUUUUAGAUAAUUUAGAUUAUUGUAUGGCCCAAGUCACAGUCUAUCUCCUCAACUAAGAAAAAGGGGGAGAAUGAUUUUAACGUGCAGACGACUGCCAGCCCGGGACAGAGCGAUGCUCGAAAGGCUCAAACAGGCUUUCUCAAUGGCUGCCCAUGUCACACAACUGUAAAGGAAAAGCCGAUUUUUCAGGGCGAUAUCUGUCGCAUCCAGCAUGACGUCAUGGUUAUGGUCUCAAUCGGAUCUCUGCUUUCUUCUGCACUAAUCACUACACCCGUCCUCUGAUUGUACACGUUAAUUGCCUUUGUUGAAUGAAAGCAGCAAGAUGAGAAAUCCAAAUUCGCCCUUCAAACUGGCUAUUCGCAUCAGUGUUGGCGUUGUCAUCUCCUGCUUGAAUGCAGUCGGGGCUCCCGUGCCAAUGACGGGUCAAAGGUCAUAUGUGGGACGGCGAUGGGGUGGGGUCUCUCGGGAUUGGACGUGGACAGCCAGGCAAGCAGGCAGUCUGGUGAUUUUACUGCUGCUAUGGACUGAGCGAGCUCGGGACUGGAGUGAGGAAGCUGGCGUGUGACCUAGCUAUGGAGGUGUGUGUGUGUUGUGUGCGUGCGUGCGUGCGUGCGUGCACACGCGCAUGGUAGUGCACAGAAAGCAGUCAUCAGUACGAGAGGAAAAUAAACCAGCCAUCGUCGCCAAACAUGGAGAAAUCAACCAUCACUGAUGUAACAUAUGUUUAAAAAUAUUGGAAAACAUGACUUCAUUAUAUGAAGGAAAUGACUCCAACUCCCCAGUUUCAGAGCCGGUAGUGCAGUUACAGUUAAGAGUACGUAUAUGAAAGAGACCGGUUAUCCGCACUACCUGGGGGGAGCGGGGGGGUCUGAUGUGAAUAGUCAUGUUCAAUAGCUGUUUGAAGCCUUAUCUUAUAAAUCAUAUCUUAUUGCUUCCAAAAUUUCUUGUCGAAGAGCGGUUUUUAAAAAAAGGUUUAGUAGGACAAUGAUUGGAAAUUUUUUUUUUUUCAAGUUCUGAGUGGCCUUAAAAUAAUGAUUAAUAAAUAAAUACAUACCUGGACAUA